AUGCCCCGACCUGGGACACCACCCUGUGUCUGCACAGAGAAUGAAAUCGCCAAGAUCCCAGCGCACGCGUUCCGGGGGCUGCCCAAUCUGCAGUGGCUGGACCUGAGCAAAAACAAGCUGGAUGCCCAGGGCCUGCACCCGGAUGCCUUCAAGAAUCUGACCCGGCUGAAACGGCUGAACCUGGAUGGGAACUCGCUGGCCGCAGUGCCAGCCUUGCCCGCCUCCCUGCAGGAGCUCAAGCUCAACGACAACGUCCUGCAGGGCCUGCAGCACAGCAGCUUCCGGGGGCUCAGCCGGCUGCUGACCCUGGAGGUGGAAGGGAACCAGCUGCAUGAUGGCAACAUCUCUCCCCUGGCCUUCCAGCCCCUACACAGCCUGCUCUACCUGAGACUGGACCGGAACCAUCUGCGGACCAUCCCACCCGGCCUGCCAGCCUCCCUGCGGGAGCUGCACCUGGGUACCAAUGUCAUCGAGGAGGUGACAGAGGGCAUGCUGAACCAUAGUCACAGCCUCAGCGUGCUGGUGCUCAGCAACAACCAGCUCCAGGAGGACCGGCUGGCACCCCGAGCUUGGACUGAUCUCCCGAAGCUGGAGGUCCUCGACCUGUCGCACAACCGCCUGGCGCGCGUGCCCUCCUCCCUGCCACGGGGCCUUCGGCGCCUGACGCUGCACCACAACCGCAUCGAGCGCAUCCCGGCCUACGUGUUUGCGCACAUGAGGCCGGGCCUGGAGCUCCUGCGCCUGUCCCACAACAGCCUGCGCACCGACGGCAUCCGCGGCGCCUCCUUCCUGGGCCUUCGCAGCUCCCUGGCCGAGCUGCUGCUGGACCACAACCAGCUGCGGGCCAUCCCACGCGGCCUCCUGGGCCUCAGGGGGCUGCAGGUGCUGCACCUGAGCCACAACGAGAUCUGGCACAUGCCCCUGAAUUCCAUCUGUGACGCUCGAGUGGCUCAGAACUCCAAUCUCAUCUCCACACACCUGGAGAACAACCUUAUUGACCGGCGCCGCAUCCCGCCCACCGCCUUCUCCUGCAUCCGGGUCUAUCGCAGCGUGGUCCUCCGGCCUCAGCAGCGGGAGGGGGUGGCGGAGGGCUCCUAGGAGCCUCCUGCUCCUUUAGGACUGGUGGCAGGGGGUGGGCAGGCCUAGCUCCACUUGAUCUUUGCACUACUAGGAGAAAGAUCGAGAGGA